UGUUUCUGUUUGGAUAGUUUCCUUCACUGGGCAGAAAACCCUUUUCCUUCCUUCUCUCUCUCUAUUUUUAUAUAUUUGAAGGGGAAGAGCACCACCGCCCUCUUCCACCAUUUAUGCACAUGACAUUCAAACAGCCUACCAGUCUGCUAUCAAAGAACAAAGACAGGCCUCUGUCUUAAAGCCUUAAAAGCCUCAAUUCUUCAUGGAAGAGCACCCCGAUCCACCUUUUGCUCCCCAAGAAACCACCACCACCACCACCACCACGCCUGCCGCUCCCUCAAUUACAACAGCCACAACCAGUGACACCAAUAGUGAUACUAAUAAUAAUAGUAGCAGUGAUAAUAGUAGUAGGAAGUGUAAGGGAAGAGGAGGGCCAGAGAAUGGUAAGUUUAGAUACAGGGGAGUUAGGCAACGAAGCUGGGGCAAAUGGGUAGCUGAGAUCCGUGAGCCAAGAAAGCGAACACGUAAGUGGCUCGGAACGUUUGCGACUGCUGAGGAUGCAGCUCGAGCUUAUGAUCGUGCCGCCAUCAUCCUUUAUGGCUCUAGGGCGCAGCUCAAUUUGCAACCCUCGAAAUCAUCAUCAGCUCAAUCUUCUUCUUCCUCCUCUCGAGGGUCAAGCUCUUCUUCUGCUCAGACUCUUCGACCUUUGCUUCCUCGUCCUUCUGGCUUCGGAUUCACUUUCUCUCUUUCCGCUUCAAUGCCUUCUCCAGCGGCGGCGGCUGCUGCUGCUGCUGCUGCAGCCACUGCUUCCGCCUCAUCUGGGUUUGGUCCGUAUGGGGUUUAUCAUCAUCAUCCGAACGUUGUUGGGUCAAGCGUGCUAUGUCCUAGUAACAUGGUACAGAAUCCACAAGAACAAAUUAUGUCACACCACUAUCAAUAUCACUAUCAAAACCCACUUAUUCCUGAUGUGUCUAAUCUUAACGCUGCAAAUAGUACCAUCCCAACAACCUCGUAUCAAAAUCUUAACUAUGACUAUAACGACCACAACAACCAUCAUCACCAUCAUCAACAGCAACAAGAAUCAGGCUUAUUCGAGGAUAUCAGCUCGUUGAUGGGCUCAGUGGGUUCUAAUUUGUCUCUAUCUGGCAAUAUCCAACCUGUAGUUGCACCGGCUGUUCAGGAUCCGGUUAUGCAUGUCGGACCCGGAUCUCCAUCGCUGUGGCCUUUGACAAGUGAUGAUGACUACGCACCAUCUACUAUUUGGGACUAUGGGGAUCCUUCCUUUUUUGAUCUAUGAGUUCUUGGUAGUAAGGAUAAAUUUGCAUGGGGAUUUGUAGGAGAUAUUGAUCUUCUUCACCAAUAUUAGCUUGCAUGCAAGUCUAUUCGUCUUGGCUUGCCCAGAUCUCUCUCUCUAUUUGUUAAUGUAGAAAUUUAAUUGGUGGGAUUGAUUAGUCACCCUUUGAGACGAAGAGUUACGAGAGAAGAAAGAGAUUAAAGAAUUGAUUCUGCCAUAGAUGGUUUGAAAGAGAGGAUGUCAGCAAUUGCAUGUUUUGUUUAUCCAAUGUUGGGUUCAAAAUAAAGCUGAGAAAGAUCUUUCUCAAGGUAAGUUAUUAAUUUUCUUCUCUUAAGUAAAAGGCUGCUUGCUUUGAUCUUCAAGAUUUUAGAUUUUUCUUUUCUAAUAUAUAGAGUUUGGAUAUGAGAAAAUUUCACUGUAAUCAGAUAGAGUUUGGCUACUGGAACUGUGUGGUUUGGAGUUUGGGGUGAGAGAAAACAAAUUGUUGUUUAGCAGAAAUACUGCUGUCUUCUUCAAUUCAAUUAAUGAGAAAUUUUCAAGAAC